AUGCUGACCGUGUUUAAAGGCGGAGAAGAAAAGUUGGAACCGAGGGAGCAUCCAGGAAGUAUUCUUGGCGGACAUCCUGGCGAACGCACCACCGUUGAGAGCCUACAGCCUCCCACGUCCGACCACACCGAGAGUUACUGGACCGAGUUGAUUGGUCCAGACAUUUGCAGCCCAGAUUCUGUCUCGUUGGCAGUGUUCAGGGGAAGUCUGAUGCAAUCAGGUGAAAUGGUCCCUGUUCUUGGCACAUCUAUUAAAUGGGUGGCUUUCUGA